AUGGCAGGCUUCAUCCAGAAAAUUGGAGGUUACCCUCGUCUCCUGCUUGCAGGCAAUCCAACAGCACGCGACAUAGGCACAUUAUCACUCGGUACCAUAAGCUCAAUAGCAGCUGGAGUUCCGUUCCCUAUCAUUGGUAUUCUAUUCGGUCAGCUUCUGGACGACUUCAAUGCAGCAACGUGCGAUCAAGCAACCGAUGCUGGAGAUGGCGACCAAGGCAGCAUCAACAACACUAUCCUGAUCAUUUUCUAUCUGGCCAUCGCUCAAUUUGUUUGCAUUUAUGUUCACCUAACUUGCUGGACUCUCAAUGGCGCUCGGUUGGCACAAAGACUCCGAGAGAGUUAUCUCCAAAACUUGCUCAGACAGGAACCUUCGUUUUUCGACAAUCUGCCCCCAGGAGAAGUCGCAUCAAGACUCCAUGGAGACAUCCAGACUAUACGCUCGGGCACCGCAGAAAAGGUCGGAAUCUGUCUUUCAAGUUUGUCCUUCUUUGUCACAGCAUACAUUGUCGCAUUCAUCAAAGAUUGGAAGUUGGCCGCAGAAUUGCUCUCUCUGAUCCCGGCUUACUUCAUCAUGUCGAUUGUUGGAAGCCACUAUAUCGAGAAGUACUCAGGCAUGGUCUCAGACUACGCUGCAUCUGCUGCAUCUAUCGCUUCAGAGGCACUGAACAACAUCAUGGUGGUUCAGGCUUUCGGCGCCAAUGCUCGUCUGGAAAAGAAGUUCUCAGAUGCUCUCAGAGCUUCUGAGCAUGAAGGUAUCAAAAAGGCUACUGCUGUUGGUAUCCAGAGUGGUGUUCUCUACUUUGUCGCCUACUCUGCCAAUGGUUUGGCCUUCUGGCAAGGAAGCAAGCGCAUCGCAGAUUCAGUAGAAGGAAAGUCUGGCGGUACCACUGUUGGCGCAACAUUCACCGUCAUCUUUAUCCUCAUCGAAGCCACUCUGCUUCUCAGUCAAGUGGCCCCAUUCGUCCAUCUUUUCUCAGCUGCCGUUGGUUCUUUUAACAAACUCCGUGAAGACAUUGAUCGCGAGCCUCUGAUCGACGGACACACCAAGUCAGGCCUUGCACUUCCCCAGGCCGGAGUUGGAUUCGAAUUCAAAGAUGUCUCGUUCACAUACCCGUCAAGACCUGAGAUUGUUGUUCUUGACAAGAUCAGUCUAUCUAUCCCUGCCAACAAGCAUACCGCACUUGUCGGACUUUCCGGUAGUGGCAAGUCUACCAUCGCAGGUCUAGUCAGCAGACUUUAUGAUCCUACUGAAGGUCAAAUUACGUUUGAUGGACAGGAUGUUCGCACACUCAACGCUCGUGACUUGCGAAGUUUCAUGAGUUUGGUUCAGCAGGAACCUUCACUCCUUGAUCGUUCCCUCCUGGAAAACAUCGCACAUGGCCUGAUCAACUCCAGCGACCCUGAUCAUGCUCAGUUCAAGGAUAUCCUUCUUGGCUCUGAUCUUGCAGAAGUCGCUGCUGACAUUCGCGAAGGCACCGAUCUUAUGGUUGCUGCAGAGAAGCGUGGUCCUAUCGUUGUCGGAAUUGCUGUGUUGGCCAAGAGAGCUGCAGCCUUAGCAGAUGCGGACCAGUUCAUUGUCGCACUCCAGCAAGGAUAUGGUACUGUUGUCGGAUCAAGUGGGCGCCUCAUCAGCGGCGGUCAGAAGCAGCGUAUCGCUCUUGCAAGAGCCUUGGUCAAGAACCCUGCUGUGCUUAUCCUUGACGAGGCCACUGCUUCUCUCGAUUCAAGGAGUGAGCAGCGCAUUCAACGCGCCAUCAACAGCAUCACUAGUGGAAGAACUGUCAUCACCAUCGCGCAUCGCUUGGCCACUAUAACCGCCGCAGACAACAUCAUCUGCAUGCAUAAGGGACAUAUCCUCGAACAAGGCACUCACUCAGAGUUGAUGGCCAGCGGCGGGACCUACGCUGAUAUGGUCAAGAUGCAGACCCUUGGAAACAUGUCCGAAGCAAAGAACGUGACUGCAGACAGCAUCAGUGUUUCAGAUCGCACGUCGACCGGCGAUAUUGAGAAGAAGAGCUUGUACGAGGACACUGUCGAGGCUGAAAAGGCCGAGCUCUCGGCAACGGAAACACCUGUCAGAUAUUCUGCAGAUGAAGAAGAGCCAGAAGAACUCCCAGUACCUCCGAAAACUCUCUGGGACCUGGCAAAGGGCUAUGGCCCAGCACUAAGACCACACAUACUCUACAUUUUUGUUGCUUUCAUUGGCUCUGUCUGCGUUGGUGGCGCUUUCUCUGGCGAAGCUGUCAUCUUCGGUAACACUGUUGGUAGUCUCAACCCUUGUCACAGUCCUAGCAGAAUUCGUAACCGUGGUGACUUCUUUGGUCUCAUGUUCUUCAUCCUCGCUAUCAUCGAGUUCUUUGCCAACCUCGUGAGUUGGUGUGGAUUUGGCUGGGUGUCAGAGAAGGUCGUUUACACUGUCAGAAUCUUGUCGUUCAGAUCCUUGUUUGAGCAAGAUUCUCAAUGGCACCAAUCUGAGGGACGUACACCAGCUUUGCUUCUCUCGUAUAUCACUCGAGAUGGAAACGCUUUGGCUGGAUUCAGUGGCUCUGUUGUUGGAACUCUGUUUUCCAUCACUGUCAACCUCAUUGCCGCCAUCAUUCUUACCCACAUCAUCGCAUGGAGAAUUGCUUUGGUUUGCUUGUCACUCGUACCACUUCUUCUUGGAGCCGGUCUCAUGGAGCUCCGCAUUCUUGGUAAAUUUGAAGAGAAGCAUGAAACUGCAUAUACCAAGUCAGUGGACAUUGGUGUAGAAGCCAUCACUUCCAUCAAGACCAUCGCAUCUUUCUCGCUCGAGGAAGAAAUUCUGCGAACAUACAGACGCUCUCUCAAGGGUCCACGCAAGGACACUCUCAGUGUGACUUUGCAGGCCAGUCUUUGUCAGGCCUUGACAUACUUCCUGGGCAACUGUGUCAAUGCUCUUGCCUACUGGUGGGGCUCCAAGCAGAUCCUCAAUGGCAACUACACACAAACACAGUUCUUGAUCGUUGUGUUCUCUCUGCUUGUCGGUGCAUUGCUGUGGUCGCAGAUGUUCGCAUUGGCCCCAGAAAUCUCUGCCGCUCGCAAUGCCAUGGCGAGAAUUCUGAGCUUGAUCCAGAUCGGCAAGGAUAAGAUGGCAGGUCAUGUUCGCCCUGUCGACAUGUCACUCGAAGGCAACAACGUCGAAGCUAUGGCUGAGGCCAAGACUUCGCACAUGUCAAACAACAAAGCUUCAAGUGUUCAGAUGAGGGACGUACACUUUUCGUAUCCGGCUCGUCCUGAUGUCAAGGUAAUGAACGGCCUAAACAUCGACAUCAAGCCCGGCCAAUUUGCUGCGCUUGUAGGUCCCAGUGGUGCCGGAAAGUCGACCGUCAUCUCUCUGGUUGAGCGUCUCUACGUCCCUCAAUCUGGUUCUGUACUCAUUGACGGCCUCGACGUUACCAAGACUCGCGACACUUCUUUCCGUGACAGUAUCGCCCUGGUGCCUCAGGAAAGCGUACUGUUUGAGGGAAGUGUCGAGUUCAACAUUGGUCUUGGAGCUCGCCCUGGACACACUGUCAGCAAAGAAGAGAUCAUUGAAGCGUGCAAGCUGGCCAACGUACACGAUGUCAUUGCUGCCCUACCAGACGGCUAUGACACUCUCUGCGGACCUAAUGGCAGCCAGUUCUCCGGAGGUCAGAAGCAGCGCUUGUCGAUCGCACGCGCAUUGGUCAGAAACCCAAAGCUGCUCAUUCUGGACGAGAGUACCAGUGCCCUCGAUGCUGAGAGUGAGAGAUUGUUGCAGGAAGGCUUGGACAAGACUAAGGCAAAGGGCAUUACAGUCAUUGCCAUUGCGCAUCGUCUACACACCAUCAAGAAGGCCAAUAUUAUUUUCUUGAUCGAAGCAGGAAGGUGUGUUGACAGCGGUUCGCACGAAGAAUUAUUGGAAAGAAGUCUGGAUUAUCGCGAGUCAGUGAUGCAUCAGACGGUGGCUACAGAUUAG